AUGUCUACUCUGCAAAAUCCGUGGCCACAUAUAUCAAGUGAGACUUCAGAGAAAUACGAAAAGUGUCGAAAUAUUACUGAAGAAAUAUACAAAAGGAUUAAUAUAACAUUUGAGAUCAAAAAGUUGGAGACGGACGCUCAAAGCGAUCUAUCAGAUCAGAGUGACAUCGACAGUAAUGAAUUGAGCAAUGAGACCGAUCUGUUUGCAUGCGACAAAUCCUCAAUAUCAAGUUCAACGGAGCUGGAAAAACUGGAACAUGGCAGCGCUGCGUGCGAGAAAUAUAUAAACAACAAUAAUAUAGAGGAAAAAAGAAAAGUUGUGUAUCGACGGCCUAAGAAACGAUUCCGAAAGCGUGUGAAGAAACAGCCAUUUAAACAUGAUUCCGAUGGGUCCAGCGAUGAAGCCCUGCCAUUGAGUAGAGUGGCAAUUGACUACAGAGAUAGGGCUCCGCCCUCGCCGUGCCACGCUGUCAUGGGAGUACCCAGCAUUGUUAUCACACCCAUUGACUUAAAGAAAUUCAAAUCACCGUCACCAGACAAGAAAGUGUCAAGGAAGAUAGAAAAGAAAGAUUCCAUAGACAAUCCAUCCAUAGAGAAGAAUAUAGACAACGAUGACGUCAGAGACAAUACCAUAGAUAAAGAAAAGAGUUUGGACUGGCGUUGCUCAUUGUGCAGUCUGUGCUUCAGAGGGGAGAGAGGGCUAAGCAAAAUGAGUGCAACCUACAUUAUACCUUUGGAUGAAAUAGACUUAGGUCUCUUACCAAAUACUUAUUCUCCGAAGAGAAAUAUGCCGCUGUGGAGCUUAAACAAUGAACAAUGUGAAUUUCGUAUUUCCUACAAUCCAUCAGAAGAUCGGAGUGAUAAAGAUGCCUCAACAAACAAACAGGACCUAAAAACGACUAUGUGUCACAUUUGCAAGAUUGAUGUUCCGGUGAAAUAUCUCCAAGAACACAGAGAUGGUGUUAAACAUAAAGCAUAUUUAAAAAUAGCUAACACAGCAUUGGAAAGGCUAAAAGAUGAAAUCAAUAAUAAUGUGUAUUCAGAAGAAAGAAACUCGUUGAAAUAUUUCUGUCCUCAUUGCACUACUGUUACAGAAGUAUGUGAUCGACAAAAACAUGAUAAUUCCACAGAUCACAAGAACGCUGUCCUUAUUGACAGAUAUAUAACAAAUUUUCUUGAUUUUUAUACAAAUUCAACGGAUAACGUAAAAAAUACUUUGGAAUCUCAAGUUGCACAAUCAAAGCCAGCUGAUAAACUAUUAAAUGCCAUACAAAACACGAAGCCAAUAGAUGUUCUGAAUAAUUUUGAUAUGGAAAAUUAUUUGAAUGUAUUGAAAUAUAAACACAAAAUGACCACUAAUAUAAAAGUGAUCAGUAAAGGAAUACUACAGAUAGAUAUAGAUGGAAGUAAACUAGAAAUUGACGAAGAUAAUUUUCAUGGUAUCUUAAACCGAGAUGGGGGUUGUGUUGAGUGCAUUGUUUGCAAAGAAAUUUUCAGAACUGAGAAUAAAUACAUACAUAUUCGAGGAUCAAAACAUGCUUAUAGAGUGACUAUGCCAAUUAUAGAUAUUAACUGCAUAAGAGAGAUAUAUCCAUCGUGGUACCACUGCAUUCUUUGCAACACUAUCACUGAAAAUUACUCAACACACAUUGCCUUAGAUAGUAACCAUAGCAAAAAUUUUAACACUGCUUUCAAAUAUUUCAACUUCCAGGGAAAUGUCACAUCUUUAGACAAUCUGAAACCUAACAAUGAUCAUUUAAAUGACAACAAGUCUUUUGUUUUAAACAAAACUAGUAUAGAUGGCUCUGUUAUAACUAAUGAUUCUACAGAAAACCAUACAUGCAAGUACUGUAAUAUCCAAUUAAAAAGAAGAAGCAAAAGGAAACAUUCCUUGACCUCAAGACAUAUAUGGAAUACCAAAUCUCCUUAUCAUUACUUAUACACAGUUAAUACAAGUACAUGUAGAGUUUGCAAUAUAGAUGACAACAAUGUUGAAAGUCAUGUGGACUCAGAAAAUCACAAACAAAAGUACAGAGAAUACUUAUCGGAAAAUAGAUUAGUUUCCAUUGAUUUGGAUAAAUUCUUUUGCAUGGUCUGUUUUGAUGUGGUAAUGAUAAGAAACGAAUUACUACAUACAUAUAACCCAAAUCACAAGAAACAAAUGGAUAGUGUAAAAGAUGCCGAGAACUAUUACUGUGCCAUGUGUGAUAAAUCUAUUAAAAAUGAUAAAAAUGGAAUAAAACUUCACAACGAAAGUAAAGAGCAUCGGAAAAACAUUGCAACAUUUAAAUAUAUAUAUGCAACUAUUACAGAAACAGAUGAUAUGCUUUUAUCAACUGAUAGUAAAGUAGAUUUGAAAUGUACGCUAUGCGACAUACUUGUUGCAAAUAAUAAUAAUAGUGUGGAAAUUCAUACGCAAAGCUGGAAACAUAUAGAAAAAUACAGAGAACUCCUGAAAGAUAAUAUUAUGGAGGUGAAAGAAAAUAUUUUAUGUUGUAAUGUAUGCAAUAUCUACAUAACUAAUAAAGCAUGUCUCACACAUAUGAGGGGUAAAAAACACAUCAAAAAACUUCGACUUCACAAUGAAAAAUUAAAUAAUACAAACAUUAUAAAAGAAACAAACACAAAUGAAUCAGAUGGACAGAAUAAUGAAAACAGUAUUAAUAAUCCUGGCAUUAAUACAAAUGGAAUAAAUGCCAUUACUACUGUAGAUGAGAUUAAUAAAAUAUAUAAUUCAGAGAUUCAUUUAAAUGAAACAAAUGACAUGAAAAUUAAUGUGAUAUCGACCAUAAGAAAUGAACCUGGUAUUAAUAUGAAUGAAGCUAUAGAAAAUGAACCUGGCAUUAACAUGAAUGAAGCCAUAGGAGAUGAACCUGGCAUUAAUAUAAAUGAAGCUACAAUAAAUAAACCUCGGAGAAAUAUGAAUGAAGCCAUAAGAAAUGAACCUGUCAUUGACAUGAAUGAAGCCAUAGGAGAUGAACCUGGCAUUACCAUGAAUGAAGCCAAAAGAAAUGAAACUGGCAUUAAUAUGAAUGAAGCUAUAAAAAAUGAACCUGGUGUAAACAUAGAAAAAAAUGAAGAAAACAAAGCAAACAUACAUGACAAUGUCAACAAAAUUAAUGAUUCUGAUGUGAAUUUAUUAGAUGAAAAAGUGAACAAAUUUAUGCAAUUAUUUAAAACGACGGAAGAAAAUGGUCAGAUAUUAUGUAAAGCGUGUAAGUUAUUAAUAUGCAGCACUGUUUGGAUGCAAUUCUUUCUGACCGGGUUGUCUGUGGGUGCUACAACUGUUAUGGUCCCUCAACUAAAGCGAGAACAGUCCACUGAGAUCGACCCUGAACUGAUUUCUUGGUUAUAUUCAACAACAAGUUUUACAACCCUGCCCUGGGUGUUCAUUCUGCCGUACUUCACUUCGCUGACAGGAAGAAAGUUCCCACAGAUUGUGAACAGCGUCAUCACGACAACUUCAUUCGUCAUAUUGUACUUCAGUUCCAAAAUAAAACACAUCAUCAUCUCUGAAAUAAUUCAAGGUUACUUUCAUGCGGCGAACAUAACUUUUAUGGUGGUCAUACUAACUGACUAUAGCUCUGUGAAGUAUCGUGGUUUAUUUUUGGGUAUGAAAUCAGCUAACUUUUUUUGGGGCAUGUGGGUAGCGAAUGCCAUAGAAUCUCCGGUGUGGUUAGCGAGCAAAGGACGGAUUGAAAAAUGCAAAAAUUCCUUCAAAUGGAUCCAUGGUGGUAACAAAGAUUUAGAAAGAGAAUUACAAGAAUUGAUAUCAGAUGAACCUAAAAUAAAAUAUGAAAGAAUUAGGUUUAUUGAUAUGAUUAGUGCUCCCGAAUUUUACAAACCACUCUUCUUAUCAUUGAUAGCAAUAGCUCAUUACCACUUUUCUGCUAAAAUGCUGAAGUACAAUAUGACGAAUGAAGUUGUCGUGAUGACGCUGUUCACAAUCUGCGGGAACUUUCUUCCUGUCAGCGAAGUGAAGUACGGCAGAAUGAACACCCAGGGCAGGGUUGUAAAACUUGUUGUCGAAUCUGAAAAGAUUUUUAUAUCAGAUUAG